AGUUGUUUAACUUAAUUUUGUCAGCGCACCUACCCGAGGCCAAGAUAAAGACACCGCCGUGUAGCAGAAGAAGAAGCUAUCAGCAAUCGAAUUCAGCGGCUUCCGUGACUCGAAUACAGUAGCGAGGAGCAAUGGCCGAUACCCAAUUGAAAUCUGAUGCCUUGUUGGAGCAGAUGAAGCAACACCUCACCACCGACGCCGGCAAACAGCUCACCAAGAAGAUUGGUCUCGUUUAUCAGAUCAAUAUAGCUCCCAAGAAAAUUGGGUUUGAUGAGGUUACCUAUGUUGUCGAUCUCAAGAAAGGAGAAGUUACGAAAGGGCAAUAUGAAGGAGGGAAACCUGAUGCCACAUUUUCCUUUAAGGAUGAAGAUUUUGUGAAGGUUGCAUUAGGGAAGAUGAAUCCCCAAAUUGCUUUUAUGAGGGGUGCAAUGAAGAUCAAGGGCAGUUUGAGUGCAGCUCAGAAAUUCACCCCUGAUAUUUUCCCAAAGCCUUCAAAGAUGUGAGCAGAUACAAAUAUACAGUAAAGGACUAUGGCGUUGUGUUGUGUCCUUUUACUUGUCUCAGAAGUUGUAGUUUCAGCUAAAUUGUUAAACAUGUUGCAAGAAAGUAUGAAUGUGUGAAUCCUCCAUCAACCUCUUUUAUUGAUCGAUGAAAAUAAGGAGGGUUUCUAGCUUUCUAGCUCAUAAGGAUUUUGAAUCAUAAAGCUCCAUAACCACCUUUAUUAAUGGAUUUUGAUGUGUUUGGGUCUCUGAUUAUUUUUAUA